CCCUCAUAACCGCUGUGACUUGUAGUUCUGCAGCAGUGGAAGAGCAGAGGUUACCUAAAUCAUGGAUUUUUUAUAUAACAUAAAUCAUACUUGUCAACUCCCGCAUUGUCCAAGAGACUCGGGUAGCUCUCAGGAUCUUGAGACUAAAAUGUUUCCUUGCAAAUAUCACCAUCACGACCUGAGCAGAAAUAUGGGGAAAGGGAUGACUGGGCUGAUAACACAUUUCACGGCACUAUGUUCCCCGCACUCAUCUGGACGUUCUCCUCCAGGAUUUCCCAGAGGGGAAGCAUUAAGGAAAUAUGUAGAACAUGCCGACCCAGAAUGGUUUAAGAUUAGCGAGUUCCUCUAUGAUGGAUCAGGAGAUUUUGUCUGUGCGCUCUGCGGUCCAAAAUAUUUUUACUGACUUAUCUAAGAUCCAUGAUGGCGACACAUUAGUGAAAGAACUGACGAGUGUGAAAUGUUACCUUGGAAAAGGCGAAAACCCUGCAUCUGCUCAGGAGAUUGCUGAAUUUAAUAGAACACAUUACACCCCAUUCCUCAGGUUUUUGGUGGUUCAAAUGGGUCCACAAUGGUUUGACCUCCUGACACCCGAACGUUUGGAGAUAUGGGACAGUUUCUUCUUGGAAGGUCCAGCAGACCAGGCUUUCUUAGUGCUAAUGGACAGCUUGGGAACAACAGGGCCCUGUAUCCGCCAAGAUCGCUGUGUCCAUGUGCUGGAGAAGUUCCUACAGCGCGGGGCCCUAGCUGAGGUUAUCUGGGAGGUUUGUCAGCAGCAGCUGGAGGUUACCCCAACACCCAUCUUGCAUGAUGCCAUCUUGGCAAAGAUCUGCAGUUUGCCAGACCACCUGGCUAACUGUCUCCAACAACACAAUAAAUCGGUCUUCUAUCCCAAAAACUAUUACCCUCGUGUGGGAAAUGCCAUACUGAGUGUGCUACUGAUGGUAUCUGUCUCUCUGAGAGAUGGGAAGGGCUGUUCCAUCUCUUUCGUAUCCCAGCUCCUGGGAAAAGUCUGUAUGCAGGGCCGGCAGAAGGAGCUGUUUACUCUCUUGCUGCCACGCCUGAGCUCACUCAUCCAAUCCGAUUGCAUCUGGCAAAGGAUCUGUUGGAGAUUGGUAGAGUCUGUUCCUGACCGGUGGAUGGAGCCUGUGGUAACUGGACUGGUGCAUUUGGCACCUGGGUCCGCUGCUCUCUCCCAGUUACUAGGGGAUCUGGUUUUGAAGAAUAAAAAGACCAAGUUCCUACUCACCCAGAAGCUGCUGUUUCUGCAGUACAAUCUCAAGAAAGAGGUGCUGCUGAGCAUUCUGGGGUAUUUGUCUCUGGAUUCCAGUCGCCGGCCCUUAUUGAUUAAGGUCCUGCGAGACCUCCUGGAAGUCUGGUCAUCAGGCAGUGUAGUGAAACACUCUCCUUAUUCCCAGCUGCUACAUGUUAGUAGAUCCAUUUUUAUCUGCCUGAGUCUUCUGAACAAAAAAGAACUUGAGAGCUGCAAGCAGGAGUUACUCUUCGCGCUAACCUCUGGGACCCGCUUCUAUCUGGACAGUUCUCUCCCUCCAGUCAGAUGCUUGGGGAUGGUAGUCUCUGAAUGUUUGAGCCGUCAAGUGGAUUCUGAGGGUCCCAGUCUCUCGUUCCAGUAUGAAGAAGAUGCAGAAAUCAGAGACCUGAAGUCACUGCUGUCUCCUCCGUGCAUUUGCCCGGACUCUACAGAGGACAAGACGGUUCCAGCUCAGAACUCCUUGUCCAAAGUCCAGUCUGCCACGAAUGAAGGGAAACCUGAGGAAGAGCCGAAAAUGGACACAGGAUCAGAAUCCGAACUAGACAGCGAUGAUGACCUUACUCCAUAUGACAUGAGUACGGAUUCCGAGCUAAAGAAAAGUAAGACCCCUGCAUAUAUCCGGGACUGCAUGGAAGUGCUGUUUUCUGAAGAUGUGGAGAAGCUGGAGGUGACCAUGGUCUCACUAGCCACCCAGAUCCGCUCAAACCCUGCUGCCACCAAAGAGGUCAGUACGGAGCUGGCCAAAAUCCUCUUGCACCUUGAUGACCGCCCUGGUGUAGAGCUUUUCAGAGAGUACAGAUUUGCAGCCAUGGUUGCAGUCACUGUAACCGAUCCUGUGCCGGUGUCUCAGUAUCUUACCGGAGAAUUCUACUCCUUAAACUACAGCUUGCGACAGAGAAUGGAUAUAUUAGACGUUGUGUCAUCAGCAGCGCAGGAGCUUUCAGAAUCUGAGGACUCCAAAAAACCUGCGGCCUCUAAGACCCUGACUCAUACCCUCCAGCCAGCUAGUAGCGCGGCUGAGACAGGUAAAGGAGAUGCCCCCGUCGAUUGGAGAAAAGUUGUAGAGGAAAGGAUUGCAAAAAAGACCAGGCGCUUUGCCAAGGGUCAGUCAAGCACCACCCCUGCCCCCUCCCCAAACCGGUUUCAUGCUGUCGCUGGAUACUUCUUUUUUCCACUUACCCAGAACUUUGACAGGCCUGUCGUGACGUUUGACCUGCUGGGGGAAGACCGUCUGAUCCUCGGAAGAUUGGUGCAUACGCUGGGCAUCAUGAUGCACCUCUCAUUGCACUCCAUGGUGGCGUCUCAGAUGGGGAAAUCGCUUCUGGAGUUCGUGUGGCUCUUGCGCUUUCAUACUGACCAAUAUGUUAGACAGGGCCUCCUGUUUUGUGUGUCUACCAUUCUGCUGAGCGUCCCCUGGGAACGGCUAAUGACUGACAUGGCUGAGGAGACCCUGGAAAUGAAAUGCUGGCUGGAAGAUGUGGCCGAGAAGGACCCUGACGAUGACUGCCGUCACUUAGCAAUGAAUGGCCUGUUACUGAUGGAGAAGCUGAGGAAUAACCUCCAGGUGGCCCCCAGCCAGUGAGCGGCUAUGCAGGAAUCCUACUGGUGUGUUGGAGGAAUCGGGACUGUGGUGCCCAGGCAGCUGCCUGGACUGGUAGAAGUUACCAGAGUUCCGGCCAUGGUUCCAUGCUCUGACGUCUGUGGCUGGAUGACAUCUCAAUGCACUGCGCCCAAUGUCAGCAGCUCACCUAACUGCUGUAUGGGGACUACAGUGAUACAGUCUCCCUACACAGCAUCCGAGCCCACAUCUGCUCUCACCAACCAAUAUCCUCAUGUACAGAGUGUUGUAAUAUCCGUUAUCCAGUGGUAAUGGAGAAAGAGCAAAUAAAGGGGCAGCAGCAUUGCCAAGUUUUACAGUAUGUCAAAUUCUGUCUGAAUUGAAAGAGAAAUAAAUUGUAAUAAUUUACAUUUUUUUCCAAAUAA